AUGGCUCGCGGCGGAGGGACGAAGGGUGGAUCUCUCGCGAAACGCGGAUCGGGUGGUAAACCUGCUGCUGGAAAGACACGUGGCGGGGGCAGCGGUAAAUCAAACCCCAAGGACAGCUCAUCGUCACGGAAAACUGCCGGUUCCGUACAGCCUGCUACCCGGCUAGCCGGCAGCAACCGUGGUCGGGGACGUGGGGGGGCAGCAGCAGGACGAGGAGGCAAGGCCGGUGCGAAAUCCGCGAAACCGGCGAAACCACCGGCUCCGGCGGCGGCGGCAGGGGAAGAGGAGGACGUUGAGUUGUCAGACGAAGACGUGGCGUUUUUUGCGCAGCACCAGAACUUCGCGCGCUUUCUCUCGGGCCUCGAGGAGCAGCAACUGGGCAGUGAAACCAAGGGAGCCAAGUCGAAACUGCCUAGACCAGAUCGUGCUGAGAACGGAAGCGAUGCUGACAGUAGCGAGGAUGAUGAAGGAGAAAAGGAGGCUAGUGGUGAUGAUAAAGGCCCGGAGGGUUCGGAUGCGAGUGAUGACGAGGAUGGGGAUGACGUGGAAGAGGAUGACGUGGAAGAGGACGUGACUGACGAGGAUGAGGAGCUAGCGGGCGAAGAGGAAGAGGAUGAUGAGGGGGUUGCAGAGGAUACGCUGAUGGCGGGACAGGAAGAUGAGGAGGAAGAAGAGGAAAAGGAAAUGGCGGAGGAAGAGGAGGAGGAUGAGGAGGAGAUUGAGCCAGUGAUUUCCGAUGACGAGUUCGACGAGGAUGAUGAGGAGGACGACGAGGAAGAGGAGGAAGAGGGUGAUUUUGACGACGAUGACGAUGAUGACGAAGAUAUUGACGAAGUGAUGGUAUUCGCCGACUCGUCAGCAGCUGGUCUUGGCUCUCUACCACAGAAAGGCAGUAAAGGCAAGGCGGGGGAUGCGCGCCGAGCGGACAAGGGGAAGGGUGGAGCGAAGAGGGAUGGGGCGGAAGGGGAAGAAGAGGAGGAGGGCGGAGAGGGGGAGGGGGAAGAAGAGUCGGAGGAUGAAGAGGCGGAGUACGAGAGGGGAACCCGCCGCCCGGGGUGGGCUGCGCCAGCGGCGGCGGCGGGAAAGUUUGCGCCAAAACCCCGCGGUGCUUCCGCCGCCGCUUCCGCGGGCAUGGGAGGAGACGCGGAAGAGGUUGCAGUGGAAGGGGCGCCAGGGGCGGAAGGGGAGAAGAAGGGUUCAAUGCGGGGUUUUGGGCUUAUAGCGGCGAGGGACAAGGGUGUGUUGGUGGAUGCUGUUGACGCUCUGCCGGUUAAAACCCUUGACGGCCGGCUGAUGUACCGCGCGAUUGAAGUGCCGGAAGGGGCGGAGGGGGAGACAGGGGAGAAAGGGAGAGAUACGGCCGGGGAGAAAGAGGAUGGGAAGAAAGGGAGGAAAGGGAAGAAGGGGGAGGAGGGUAAGGGAGGUCCGAGAGGAGAGGAGGCGGAGGAGGAGGAAGAGGAGGAGGACGAGGAGAAGGAAGCAGGGGCGAGGAAGCAACCCAAGGAUGCAUCGAAGCUUACUCUGCAAGAGCAAGCCAUGAUGGAGCUGCAGGAGGAGAUGUCGGUGGAGGAGCGCAGGGCGGCAGUGAAGAAGGCUAUAGCGCGGAUGAGCACGCAGAUUCUCGCCGACCCUGAGGCGCACAUCGGCCUGUUGAAGUCGCUGCAUAAGCUGUGUCUGGACGCGGAUUCAUUCGUGGCCAGCCUUGCAGUCCUCUCUCUUACAGCAGUGUUCAGGGACAUCAUUCCCGGCUACCGCGUGCGCAUGAGGACGGAGAAGGAGCGCGCGAUGGUGAUGAGCAAGGAGGUCAAGAAGCGCUGGCUCUUCGAGGAGGGCCUGCUGCAGUCCUACCAGUCCUUUGUCAACCUCCUCCUGAAGCACGCCAAGCAGGCAGCGCGCCGAGCUGUGUCGGUGCGCGCCAUGUGCGGACUGCUGCGCGCCGCCCCGCACUUCAACUGCCGCUCGGAUCUCAUCCGCGCCAUCAUCCCGCGAAUGGACCUUGCAGACGACAGCAUCAGCUCCCUGUGCUGCAGCACCAUAUCGGAGUUGAUGCGGGAGGACGGCCGGCAUGAUGGGGAGGCGACUGUAGAGGCAGCAGAGCUCGUUGCUGACUUCAUUCGCCAGCGCUGCUGCGUCACGCGCCCCCUGGUGCUGCUGGUAUUCGAAACGCUCGAAUUCGACGACGAUCUCCUGCAAUCCGCGGAGGGCCGCGCAGCAGGGGGACCCCGCGGAGGUGCAAAGCGCAAAGCCACCUGGGGCGCGGGGGGCGCGGGGGGGGCAGGGGGAGCGGCGGACGGGGAGGAGCAGCAGCCCGCGAAACCCAAGUCCAAGAAGGAGCGGAAGCUGGAGAAGCGGAAGGAAGCUGCGCGGAUGCGGAAGGAGGUAGAGGGGGACUUUAGAGAGGCGGAAGCAGUGCGGGACGAAUCCACGCGGAAGCAGCAGCAGGCGCGCGUGCUAGCCGCGGUAUUUGAAGCGCUGUUUAGGGUAGUUAAAGCCGCGGCAAUGCUGCACCAGCCACGCCCCACGGACGGGUCUGGCGCGCUCUCCCUCCCCCCCCGCCCGCUGCUCCCCUCCGCGCUUUUCCUGAUUGGUCACUUCUCGCACCUGCUCUCGGUUGAGUAUCUUCCGGAUCUGCUGUCAACGCUGCGCCAGCUGGCUGCUGACAGGGUUAUGAAGGCGAAUCUAGAUUCACUGAAUGUGGACAUGCGCGGGUUCGUGACGCUCGUGUAUCAGAUGAUUCUCGAGGCGCCUAUAGUUCCCGCGCAGGUGGCUUCUCUCUCGUCAGAAUCACCCCCGGUUAAAGCAUCCUCGUUAAAAGCGUCCUCGGAGGAAGAGGAUUCGUUAGAAGAGGAGGUGAUCACGCCAGGGGGUAGUGCAGUAGCCUCGUUAGAAGCAGCCCUGGUAUCCGCGUUACAGGAGGUGUUCAUGUCGUCGGGUCACAGGCAGGCUGAUAUGACUCGCUGCGCUGCGUUCAUUAAACGGCUCUCCGCCGCUGCUCUUCAUCUCUCUGCUGCUGGCGCUGUUGCUGUGCUGCUAGUGGUGCGUCACCUGCUCCUCCGCUAUCCCCGCUGUAGAGUGCUCCUAGACAAGGACCCUGAUGACGAUCUGCACGCUUCAGGGGGUGGCCUUGGCCCUUACGGUGGCCUAGCUCGCUACGACCCAGCAGCACCAGAGCCGGAGCUCUCAGCAGCGCUCACGUCGUUCCUCUGGGAGCUCUCCCUUCUCGCCCGCCAUUACCAUCCGCACGUCGCCAGCCUGGCACGCCACGCGUAUGCUGCCUAUAGCAGCGCAGUCACCGAGUCGUGCUUCCGGCCAGCUGUCGCGACGCCAUUGGCCGUGAAAUCGGGCGCGGCGGGUGCUGCUGCUAGGCGCCAAGGCAGCAAGGCAGGCAACGGCAAGAGAGGAGGGAAGGGCACGAUGAAGCAGCCACAGCAAGCAAAGCAACCACAGCAGCCGCAGCAGCAAUGUUCAGUGGAAGUGCUGAAGCAACAGAAAGCAACUGGCAGUGCAAUGGGAGUGGCGGCAAAGCGAGCCAAGCAGGGGGCAGCCACUGCCUGA